ACCGCACCCGCCCGAGUGGGCUGGACUGAGAACCCCGGCGGGGAUGAAUGGGGGAGCUCCAGAUGGAAAGGGUAGGGGCCCCUCGGGAGUCAGAGUUGUCUGGCAGGGCGGUUGGGUGUGGGCCCUCACCUGGGUGGGGGAUUGGAACCUUGCGGUCUCGGGCCAGAACCUGUGGACAGUUAUGCAAGUUUAAGGUGCUGCCCCAGUGGGGUAGGUGGUCGUUGGAACGGCCAGGUGGGUGCGGAUUGGCGUCUUGAGUGUAUGGGGGAAAGGAUUGAGAGGUCCGACAAGGACAGGAAAAAUUGUAGGGAAGGUGAUAGCUGGACCCACGCUCUCCCCCUUAUUAAGACUGGUGGUAGUGGUGGGAGAGGCUCAGAUUUUUUGUUUCCUUUCAAUUGGCCAAGCAGAAGGAUGGAUGGGGUUGGAGGGCUGAGAGCACGCAUGUGUUGAACAGAUGGUUUCUUGAAGAUUUUUUUAAAAAAUGAAAUCUGAAAUCUUAUAUGACACAGAGCCUGUCAUUAUGUGUUGUAGACCUUUUGGGGGACUUGAGGUUUACAGCUGCAGAAAUCCUACACCUGUUCUCAUAAAACUUAACUGUCAAAGCACUAUGAAUACUAAUGACCUCAAACUCAGGUUGUCCAAGGCUGGGCAAGAACACCUGCUUCAGUUCUGGAAUGAGCUGGAAGAAGCUCAGCAGGUAGAACUUUAUGAAGAGCUCCAGGCCAUGAACUUCGAGGAGCUGAACUUCUUUUUCCAGAAGGCCAUUGAAGGAUUUAACCAUUCAUCUCACCAAGAAAAAGUAGAUGCACGGAUGGAACCUGUCCCUCGAGAGGUGUUGGGCAGCGCCACCCGGGAUCAAGAUCAGCUCCAGGCCUGGGAAAAUGAAGGACUUUCCCAGAUUUCUCAGAACAAAGUGGCAGUUCUUCUUCUAGCUGGUGGGCAGGGGACAAGACUUGGAGUUGCAUAUCCCAAGGGGAUGUAUGAUGUUGGUUUGCCAUCUCAUAAGACACUUUUCCAAAUUCAAGCAGAACGUAUUUUGAAACUACAGCAGUUAGCUGAAAAACAUUAUGGCAACAAAUGCAUUAUUCCAUGGUACAUAAUGACCAGUGGCAGAACAAUGGAAUCUACGAAGGAGUUCUUCACAAAACACAAGUACUUUGGCUUGAAAAAAGAAAAUGUGAUAUUUUUUCAGCAGGGAAUGCUGCCUGCUAUGAGUUUUGAUGGGAAAAUUAUUUUGGAAGAGAAAAAUAAAGUCUCCAUGGCUCCAGAUGGAAAUGGUGGCCUCUAUCGGGCUCUUGCAGCCCAGAACAUUGUGCAGGAUAUGGAGCAAAGAGGCAUUUGGAGCAUUCAUGUCUAUUGCGUGGACAACAUAUUGGUAAAGGUGGCAGAUCCACGAUUCAUUGGAUUUUGCAUUCAGAAAGGAGCCGACUGUGGGGCAAAGGUGGUAGAGAAAACCAAUCCUACGGAGCCAGUGGGAGUGGUUUGCCGAGUGGAUGGAGUGUACCAGGUGGUGGAAUACAGUGAGAUUUCUCUGGCAACAGCUCAGAAGCGAAGCUCAGACGGAAGACUGCUAUUCAACGCAGGGAACAUUGCCAAUCACUUCUUCACAGUGCCAUUUCUGAGAGACGUGGUCAAUGUGUAUGAGCCUCAGUUGCAGCACCAUGUGGCACAAAAGAAGAUUCCAUAUGUGGAUUCCCAGGGGCAGUUAAUUAAGCCAGACAAACCAAAUGGAAUAAAGAUGGAAAAAUUUGUCUUUGACAUCUUCCAGUUUGCAAAGAAGUUCGUGGUGUAUGAAGUGUUACGGGAGGACGAGUUCUCCCCACUCAAGAAUGCAGACAGUCAGAACGGGAAGGACAACCCCACAACCGCCAGGCACGCCCUGAUGUCCCUUCACCAUUGCUGGGUCCUCAAUGCUGGGGGCCACUUCAUAGAUGAAAAUGGCUCCCGUCUCCCAGCAAUUCCCCGCAGUGCUUCAAAUGGAAGGUCAGAGACCAUCAGAGCUGAUGUCAAUCACAAUUUGAAGGAUGCCAAUGAUGUGCCAAUCCAGUGUGAAAUCUCUCCCCUCAUCUCCUAUGCUGGAGAAGGAAUUGAAAGCUAUGUGGCAGAUAAAGAAUUCCAUGCCCCUUUAAUCAUUGAUGAGAAUGGAGUCCAUGAGCUGGUGAAGAACGGCAUAUGAAGUGUUUACUGAGUUCUACCACUAGAAGGAAUAGCUUUUAUUUUUGAUAGACCAACUGUGAACUGCAAGACUUCUGGAAGAAUGAAGUUUGAACAUUCAUGGGGUUUCAUAAUUACUACAGCCUUACUAAGAUCUAGACAACUGAACUGCAGAUAGCAUUUUUAUGAUUCUCAAUUCAGUGAAAGUCUUAUUUAUAUUUUUAAGUGUAUGAUUUUUUUUUCAAGUCAAGGAAAAUGUUGGCCUUCCAUGAAAUUUCUUACAGGUUAACUCUAGUCAGGCUGUUCAACAUCCCCUUACUUGGAGCUGGAAGCAUUUGUUUGGAGUUGUACAUAGUAAUAAUAUGUCAUUGUACAUGUCAGAAAGUUUCUAUGGUACUAAAUUUUGUUUUAUUUUAUCAAGUAUUAAACUUUUUAAAAGAAAAUAAUUGGACUCCCAAAUAAACUUACCUUAUUGUGUCUGUGUACCUUA